GACGUACUUUCACUGAGCGCCAGCCCUAAUAAAACUGCAUGCCCAAAACACUUCUGUCACAACCGAGGACUAUACUGUACAAACAUGUCUUUCCUUUCAGGAUUUUUGGGUAAUAAAGCAGCAGACUCAUUUGUCGACCAGGCUGUGGACAAAGCAGCUGCUGUAGCAAAAAAGAAGGUAAAGGAAAAAUUUGGCGGAAAAAAGCAAGAGGAUCAGACAGGGGGCAUGGGAGGUCUUUUCCCAUCUGAGGGGGAGAAGAAGCCAAAGCAAAAGGGAGGUGGGUUGUUUGGUGGUCUUCUUAAUGCAGAACAAGGAGCACCGCAAAACCCACCAGCAGCACAAAACCCACCAGCAGCACAGGCCAGUGCAGGCGCCGGUUUCGAUGAUGCGUUGGACGAUCUAGCUAAUGAGUUUGCGUCACAGAACUGAAAAGGAAAAACUUUUGGGUUAAGUUCUGCAGCCAGACCUCUGUCUAACACCAGCAUCAUUGUAGAGAGUCAUGGACGGACUUGAACUACAUAAAAGCAUAUUUAAUUUGUUAUUUUUGUAAAUAGUUUUAAGAGACAUCGGUCUCUUUUUUUAGCAGGACCACUACGUUAACUGUUACAAACUAUGCAUAUUACAUUCAUGUUAGUUGUUAAUAAAUGAAGUUUUCAAUAUCA